AGCGGAGGCCGCAGCCAGGGCGGCGGGAGCGGCGGGAGCGGGGCGGGCGCGGCUCCAUGGCGCCAGCGGCGUCCGCCUGAGCGGCGCGGGCAGCGGUGGGCGGCGGGCGGCUCGGGCCCCGGCUCUUCCUCGCCAUGGGGGACGUGCUGUCCACGCACCUGGACGAUGCCCGGCGCCAGCACAUCGCAGAAAAGACUGGGAAGAUCCUGGCAGAGUUCCUUCGUUUCUACGAGGACCAGUAUGGCGUCGCCCUCUUCAACAGCAUGCGCCACGAGAUCGAGGGCACGGGGGCACCGCAGACCCAGCUGCUGUGGCGCAAGGUGCCGCUGGAUGAGCGCAUCGUCUUCUCGGGGAACCUCUUCCAGUACCAGGAGGACAACAAGAAGUGGAGGAACCGCUUUGGCCUCGUGCCCCACAACUACGGGCUGGUCCUCUACGAGAACAGAGCGGCCUAUGAGCGGCAGGUGCCACCCCGGGCCAUCAUCAACAGUGCAGGCUACAAAAUCCUCACCUCCCUGGAUCAGUACCUGGAGCUCGUAGGCAACUCCUUACCAGGGACCACAUCAAAAUCAGGCACCGCCCCCAUCCUCAAGUGCCCCACACAGUUCCCGCUCAUCCUCUGGCAUCCCUCUGCACGUCACUACUACUUCUGCAUGAUGACGGAAGCCGAGCAGGACAAGUGGCAGGCGGUCCUGCAGGACUGCAUCCGGCACUGCAACAAUGGGAUCCCUGAGGACUCCAAGGUGGAGGGCCCCGCGUUCACGGAUGCCAUCCGCAUGUACCGCCAGUCGAAGGAGCUGUAUGGCACCUGGGAGAUGCUGUGUGGGAACGAGGUGCAGAUCCUGACAAACCUGGUGAUGGAGGAGCUCGGCCCUGAGCUGAAGGCAGAGCUUGCCCCGCGGCUGAAGGGGAAACCGCAGGAGCGACAGCGGCAGUGGAUCCAGAUCUCAGAUGCUGUGUACCGCAUGGUGUACGAGCAGGCCAAGGCGCGCUUUGAGGCCGUGCUGUCCAAGCUGCAGCUGGCCCGGCCGGCCAUGGAGGCCGUCAUCCGCACCGACAUGGACCAGAUCAUCACCUCCAAGGAGCACCUGGCCAGCAAGAUCCGAGGCUUCAUCCUCCCCAAGGCGGAGGUGUGUGUCCGGAACCACGUGCAACCCUACAUCCCGUCCAUCCUGGAGGCCCUGAUGGUGCCCACCAGCCAGGGCUUCACCGAGGUGCGGGACGUCUUCUUCAAGGAGGUCACCGACAUGAACCUGAAUGUCAUCAAUGAGGGCGGCAUUGACAAGCUGGGCGAGUACAUGGAGAAGCUGUCCCAGCUGGCGUACCACCCCCUCAAGAUGCAGAGCUGCUAUGAGAAGAUGGAGCCGCUGCGGCUUGAUGGGCUGCAGCAGCGGUUCGACGUGUCCAGCACGUCCGUGUUCAAGCAGCGAGCCCAGAUCCACAUGCGUGAGCAAAUGGACAACGCCGUGUACACCUUCGAGACCCUCCUGCACCAGGAGCUGGGGAAGGGGCCCAGCAAGGAGGAGCUGUGCAAGUCCAUCCAGCGCAUCCUGGAGCGGGUGCUAAAGAAAUAUGACUACGACAGCAGCACCGUGCGGAAGCGCUUCUUCCGGGAGGCGCUGCUGCAGAUCACUAUCCCCUUCCUGCUCAAGAAGCUGGCCCCCACCUGCAAGUCGGAGCUGCCCCGGUUCCAGGAGCUGAUCUUCGAGGACUUUGCCAGGUUCAUCCUGGUGGAGAACACGUAUGAGGAGGUGGUGCUGCAGACGGUGAUGAAGGACAUCCUGCAGGCUGUGAAGGAGGCCGCCGUGCAGAGGAAACACAACCUGUACCGCGACAGCAUGGUCAUGCACAACAGCGACCCCAACCUGCACCUGCUGGCGGAGGGUGCACCCAUCGACUGGGGGGAGGAGUACAGUGGCAGCGGGGAGGACAGCGGCAGCCCCAGCAUCCCGGAAGCAGCCACUCUCUCGGAAAAGCGACGGCGUGCCAAGCAGGUGGUGUCCGUGGUCCAGGACGAGGAGGCAGGGCUGCCCUUCGAGGCUGGCCCUGAGCCACCAUCACCUGCGUCCCCGGACAGUGUCACUGAGCUCCGAGGCCUACUGGCCCGGGAUCUGCAGGCAGAGAGCCCCCUGCCAGCUGGCCCCCUGCCCAACGGGGCCCCUGCGCAGGAGAGCCCCCAGCUGGAGAGCCUCCAGUCCGUGGCAGCCCCCGAGGCUUCCUCGCCACUCGCCUCGCCGCUCCAGCAAAUCCCACCUGGAAAGGCUGUGGACCUUGAGCCUCCCAAGCCCAGUGACCAGGAGACCGGGGAGCAGGUGUCCAACCCCGGGGGCCGCCCCCCAAUCCACACCACCACUGAGGACAGCGCGGGGGUGCAGACUGAGUUCUAGGCGUUCACCCCCGAGCCUCUGUUGGACAUGGCACAUGGGCCACUCCCUCCGAGGCACUGGCAGGCUCGGCUCUGGGCAGGGAGCCCCGGAUCUGUGCCUUCCCGGAGGUGGAGGUGGGCAGGGCUGGGGUGGUACCUCCAGGGCUGGGCGGGGACGGGCCUAGCGGAGUCACUUUAUUGGGUUCGGUCUCACUUUGUUGCUCCGUUUUCUCUUCUGUGGGAUGAUCUCAGCUUUCCUCCUGGUGCUGGGCACAGCUGAGGGGCUGGGGAGUGCCCACCAGCCCCCCCGUUCCCUGGGUCCUCCCUUCCUGCCCUUCCUCUGUGGCCUGUCUCCCUCAUGGGUCUUGCCAUCCUUGGAAAGAGGGCCCCAGCCCUUGAAGUCUCUCCCCUCUCCACCAGGGGCUCGCUGGGACUGGGAAGAUGGACCCUUGAGGCCCAUCUCGGGGCCCCCGCUCCCUCCCCACCCCUCCAGGAUGGGCCCCAGAGUCCAGUUUCUUUUGGACUGGGCACUGGCCUCGCUUUCCCCGCUCCACGUGAGGGGUAGGAAUGAGGAGUCUUCAGGCUGGAGCCAGGCUGGGGGUGCAUCAUGGAGCAGGAUAGGGCCACGGGCGUGGGGAUGGAAUGAGAAAGGCCUGGAAUGUGCUGGUCUGGGGAGAGGAAGUGUGCUGAGGGGGCAGGAGCAGGUGUUACUGGGAGUGUUUGCCAGGCAGGUGAGAUGGCAGAGGGAGGGCUGCUGGAAGCUGGAGCAGGCCUUUGCCCCCUGCUCCCACCCGUCCAGCCUCAGCCUCCCUCCGCUUGCUGGGAUCCAGUCUCUGGGAGUCCUCUGUCGCCGCUUUUGUGCCCUCAUGCUGGGCUGGGCUCAGGGGAGGGUGGCAUGUUGCGCAGAGGCAGGGUUUAGUGGGUGUGGGUUUUGUCUUGUGCAGGCCACCUCCAAGGUACGUGCUGUCCACUGAGGGAGCUGGUGGGGCUCCUGAGGGGCGGAGGAGGGGCUGUGGCUCCUCAAGGCACCGCUGGUGGCCACUCUGAUCUGGGGUCAGACUGUGGCUUGGCCUCUGCUUUCUCUGAGUUACCAAGUCACCUCACUCUACUCUGAAAACUCCAGGCCCCAUUUCAAAUGUCCUUCUUCCUCAGCUUCUUGUUCCUGGGGUUGAGGGUCAAGCUGAGGCACCCCAGCCUGGCAGCUCCCAUCCCCAGGGGCUGGGACCCCCUGGCCUCCCCAGACCCCCUCCCCUGCUGCUUUGAGUGGAGGGCAGGCAGGGGAGAACCCGACUUCAGGGUCCUCAGGGUGGCUGGCGCCCCGCCCCCCCCCCCCAAUCCUCCGUCCCCUUGUUCCACUUCCCAGGGCCGGGGCCUUGGACCCACAGAACGUGUGGCGGUGGCUGGUGCUCAGGGACUCCCCAGUCCCCCCAGCCCUAAUCUCAAACGCCUCACUAACCUCCUCCACCAACACAUUCCGUCUUAAGAUGCUCUCUUCUAGUGCCUUCUUCUGGGGUUCUCCAAUCAUCCUUUCCAGAUAACGUAUUGAAAAUAUUAUGCAAACUGUUUAAGCUUCUACUAAUCAAUAAAUGCUUUAUAUAAAGCCA